AUGCCUCCCCCAAUUGUCCGCAGAGCUCCCUACAAGGACUUUCUGCAGCCAUGCACCCAACGACGAUUCGCAUCCGCCCUGCUCAUCCUUCUCGCCUUGUCCUACCUCGAGGCCCUCACUCUGUCCAGCUGGAACUCCAUCAUCUGGUCGUGGUUCCCCAUAGGCGUCGCAGGCAUACGCACUCUCUUCAUCUUCGCAUGCGUCCUCUUGGUCGUCGUUCUGCGAAUCGCACACCCCCACAUCGGCAUACGCACGAGCAAUUCCCCCUUCGACACCUUCAAGCAGAACCUCCUGUCGCUAUCAGCCUCUGAGACCGUCCUCACCUACUCCUUGUCCGCAUUCCUGUUCAGCCAGGUCUAUCUUGGCACUGUCGCCGACCAGGCCAAUCUACAAUGGGUCACAUAUCACAGCGGAGAUCGCGCACGACUCAAUGAGAGGACUGUCUUCUACACACUAACCAUGGUCUUCCUCGGAAUCACUGCUGGACUCAUCCAUCUGUUCCUGGAUUUGGACCGACUCAUCCUGGGCACGGUCAAGGAGACGGAAGAGAAGACGAAGCCAGAAGACCCAGUCGAGAAGCUUCUUGCUGCUGCCCCCAGGCUGUUGUUCCGAUCGAUCGCCACUUCCCUUGGUGUUGCGGGCCUCAACUACAUCCUCCUGUACUCGUUGUUCCGGAGGUCUGCAUGGGGCUGGGCAAUGUUCUUUCUCCGACCAUUCUACAAUCUACCCAAGACCAACAUUCCACCAGCCCAUGCGCCUUGGAGUAUCUGGAUGUUGAGCAGAUCUGUCGUGGCCGGAACUCUGCUCUGCAUUCUGUGGAACUUCAGCAACGAGGCAUUCACUGUGAACCUGGCGAAAAAGCCCCUCAAGAGUGCCCAGCCAAUCACUUCCGAGUCCAAGGAUCCCAACGGAAGUCUUUUGAACGGAUUGAAGAGCAAGAAGGCACGAAUUUCUGCCUUUGCCAUGUGGGAGCUUGCCCUGAUAUCGAGAGACUUUGACGCCCGUCGCAAGGCCAUCUUCGAGGACAUUGAUCGAAAGGAUGGUCCAAUGUGGUCUCAAAUCUACCAGCUGUGUCUAGGCCCUAUCAAGGCACUCGAGAAGCGCAUCGAUGACUAUGGGAAGCCACCUGCCCCACCUGCUGCAGCACAACAACCUGCAGUGCCGUCACAGCCACGAGCCAAGAUUGUUGAGCCGCCGGCGAGCGCCAACAUUUGGGAGCGCGCUCCUCCGCCAAAGACCAUCCAGGACUCUGUCGGAAAGUGGGUCGCAGAUGUGGCCAACACUCCUGGCAAGAAGCCCGCUGAUACGUUGGUUCCGCUAGCCAAGAAGACGGUAGCUGAUGUAAGGGAUUCGCUUUUGACCAAGCAACAACAAGAACACCUGAACCAGGAGGGCAUUGUUGGCAUGUUCCAGGGUGUCUUCAAGGUGGUGUUACCGACGAGGCUGGGCUGGUUGUUCCGACAAACAUAUUCUCGUCGUAUCCGCACCGCAGUUCUAGGUACACCAUACGGCGAUGCCAGUCUCCUUGUCAACUCAGCUUACGCGCUCUCGCGGCUGGCCGUGGCUAGUUUGGCCGAAGACAACUACGGCAACGUUCAUCGUGACGUUCCUACCAUCAUCCGGACUUUCACGACGUUGAUCAAGAAGCUCGAGGUGUUCCUGGAGAACUUCCCGGCGCAUUGGACAGACGCCAGUGGAAAGCGCCAAUCCGCCGACGUUGAAGAAGUGUUGGAUGCGUUGAAGGAGUCCCUUGCCAGGGUCGUCAAGGAUUUUGAAAAGUAUAGCUCAGACUUGAAGCUAUCGCGCACUGACUUAAGGCUCGCGAAGGAGGCAGCACAAAAGAGGGAACAGGCACAACAAGCAGCAGAGGUGGGGAGGCAACCAGAGCCCGAGAUGAGGCAGGUCAGCUAG